AUGCCUUCCGGUGCUUUUCAAGUCAAGCGUGUUUUCUCAACUUCCUGUCGGUCGCCCAAAGAUCUCGACUCUGCACGGAAUUUGUUUAUGGCAAACGGAGAAUCGUCCAACGAUGGAUUCCUCGAUAGAUUGCUGGCUGACAUCGCCCGGGAGAAGUCGGAACGUUGGGAGUUCGACUUCAAUUUGGGUCAGCCCAUCCCUUCCUCGUCCAGAUCCCAGUUGGAAUAUACGGUUCUAAGCAACGACAAAGUACCUCAGUUCUACCGACCAGUCGAAUUCCCGUUCCAAUCAUCAUCAGAUGAAUCCUCAGAUUCUGAGAAUUUUGAUCCAGUAUUCAAGAAGAGCCUGGUCUUCGAAAAGUUCCAGAAAAAUAAACGUCCUGCAGGUCUUCAGACCCCUCGCAAACAACCUUCCGGCCUAGAGACUCCUCACAAACAACAACCAAUUACUUGUAAGUUAUUUCAUCAUUAUUAAUUUUUCUCAUUAUGUAUGUUUUAUUGUAUGCAUUUUUUGUUGUCACAAUUACUAAUUUUUCCUUUUUCAGCUUACAUUUGCCGGCGAAAGCAUACUAAGCAAGCUGCACCCAUCUCGAAGCCCCUAAAACAACUAAACCAACGUGCCAAUCGUCGUUUCUCGCUCCAGCCAUGA